CGUAAAGUGCACGAUACGAGUACUUUUAAUUGCGCAUGCAUACCAGCUUUAGCUUUCCAUGAAAUUAUGGAUAAUCUAUAAUUUUUGCGUCAAAUUGUCUGCGACUAUCGAGUUUUCUACUGGUCGACGAGGAUUGUUGAUCUCCAAGGCCAAUUCGUGAACGAACGUCAUCGCGUGUAAUAAAAUGUCACUGCAUUGCGUUCAUCCAUUCAACGUCGCCGAAAAUAAUACAUUUUCGAUUUGGAAGCGCCAUGCAGCUAAAUAUCAGUAUAAUUUGGAAAAUACUUUUUGCCAUGAUAAAUCUCCUGCAUUUACGUUGUGAUUAUGGAUGUGUUUAUGGAAUGGAAAGAGGAAAUUGUGGUGUUUAUAAUAAUUCCUCCUUACAGCCGCAAAACAAUAUCACAGUGUGCACUAUAAUUGAGGCUGGCAGCCGGGAUUCUAUCGUGGAUUACAACCGAAUUGCUGCAGCUUUGGAUAUUGCCGUUCAGCAUGCUAACAAAUUCAUUUUGCCAAAAGAUCUCCAUCUCGUACGGCUGCAUAAGAGCAGCAGCGGUGUCUGCACUCCAAAAAAUACAGCGUUAAGCCGAUUUUUGGAAUGGGUUGUGGAAGGGGUCACAUGCGAUGUAUACAUUGGACCAGGGUGCACUGAAGCCACUUUUGAUAUUUAUAAAGCCGCAGAGUUCGAGAAAAGGGUGCAUAUACCCGUUCCUGGGUCCGGUCUUAGUGUUCGCACUGGAAUGGGAAGACCGGAAUUUCGAUAUCUUGUACGGACCACAUACACAGCCACGGCCAUAGCCACUGCCUUUGCAAAAUUUCUGGACCUGUUUAACUAUACCCAUACAUACCUUAUCGUGAACAAAGAUGAUGCAUUUUAUUUGGAGCUCAGUGAUAACUAUAUUUACUACUUACGGGCGGCACGAAUUGAUCUAUUCAAUCAGUUCCGUAGUGCAUAUGUAUCCCGUGUGUCAUCAUAUAAUACUUCAAUGGAUGCUCAAAUUGAAAACCUGCUGCGUGACGCCAAUACUUCUGCUCGCGCCAUAAUUAUAUUAGCCAACUCGACCAUUGUGAGGAGAACGUUGAUAAUAGCCAAUCGCCUUGGUAUGACAAAUGGACAUUAUAUUUAUAUGGGAAUUGAAUUAUUCAUCAGUAACAGCUGGGGUCAUUUCGAUUGGGAACGGGGAGAUAAAUACGACAUGAUUGCAAAAUUUUCCUUCAGAUCGCUGGUCUUGCUGUCGAUUGCAAGAACAUCCCAAGGCGAUAGUUUCAAAGAAUUUUCUGAAGACGUUAAAGAGCUGGCUCUGGAAAAGUACGGCUACAAGUACGGGAUUUACGAUCAGAUUGAUCAGAUCGUCAUGGGAUAUUACGAUGCCAUUAUCUUGUUCUGUACCGCAGUCAGACGACUGUAUGAUGCGAAUAUAACCUUUCUGGAUACAAGCAAUUUGCUGAGUCAGCUUAAGAAUACUACUGUAGUUACGCCGCUGAAUACAGUCAUCAAUAUCUCAGUACGGGGAGAUCGGAAAGUUUUGUUCGACAUGAAAAUAUACAAUGAAGCCGCAAAUUCGCAUGAGCCUUUCCUUAGAAUCGAUCCGGAUACUGGACAGGAAGAAUUUUUACUGCCUUCUAUAUGGCCGGGAGCAUCAAAUGGAGUUUUUCCUCCUGAUACGCCAAGAUGUGGAUAUUCAGGCUUGGAGUGCGCACGAGAAUCCACAGAUGUUGUCCUGAUUACCGUUGUGAGUGUAGUGGUAAUACUGUUUUUAGCCGGAGGAGGAAUUGCCGGUUUUGGAUACUACUUUCUGAUGAAAAAUAAAGUGGCGCUUCAACCAAACUGGUGGCGAUAUCGCCUGCACGAAAUAGAUAUCAUGGAUAAAAUUCCAUCGCUAUACGGGCAAAGCCGGUUGUUGUCAAGUCAAGCGAGCGUUAAAGUAACAAGAUCUUCGUAUCUCAAAUCAGUUUCGCCGUGGAAGGCAGCUAUGCUGCAGACCACAACCAUCGGCAUAAAAGUCGUUCCCGAAAAAACCUUUCGCCCGACUCCUGACAUCAUUGCACAGAUGAAUCAGAUCCAGGCAAUUAGGCAUUCCAAUUUACAACGCUUUAUCGGACUGUGUUUGGACGAAGUUAACUGGGUAGUUUACAUUAUGGCCGAAUUCUGCCAGAAAGGUUGCUUGGAUGACCUUAUUAGUCAAAAAUCUCUUACAAUGGACUGGUCUUUCAAGUACUCCCUCAUUAGCGACAUUGUGGAAGGAAUGUUUUGUUUACACGCCACGCCCAUACAUUCGCAUGGUUACCUCACCUCGUUAAGUUGUCUGAUUGAUGGGCGAAUGUCAGUCAGGAUCUGCGAUUACGGAAUAACUAAACUCCAAGAUCCAAAAGACGUAGCUCCCCUAGAAAAAGAAAGAACGGAACGCGAUUAUACAGCAUUAUUGUGGCGCGCGCCGGAAUUGCUCAAAAUGCCAAUGCCAGUCCGAGGCACCCAGAAAGGAGAUGUGUAUAGUUUUUCCAUUAUUCUGCAGCAGAUUAUUUUGCGGUCCGAACCGUACGAGUCGCCAGGAAAUACAUCCCAACUGACGGACCAAACUUUUGAGUUGUUAUUAGACAUUGCGAGUGGCACGACUCCGCCCAUUCGUCCUCCUGUACCACGAGCUGCCUGUUCGCCUGAUCUAUUUUCCUUGAUGGAGAACUGUUGGUCGGAAUUUCCCGUCAGUCGACCCACCUUCCAGAAGAUCGCCGAAACGGUGCGAAAGAUUAGCGGUUUUGCUGGAAAUAACCUUGUUGACCAUCUCCUCAAAAGGAUGGAAAAAUAUGCAUUAGAUUUGGAAGAGCAAGUUGCUUAUAAAACACAGCAGUUCAUGGAAGAGAAGUUGCGCAGUGAAGAAUUACUUGGCCAGAUGUUACCCAAAGCGGUGGCGUUAAGUCUGAUGAAAGGGGAAACAGUUCUUCCAGAGUUUUUUGAAACGGUGACAGUCUACUUUAGCGAUAUUGUUGGCUUCACUACAAUUGCGGCUUCCUGCACCCCCAUGGAUGUCAUUUCGCUUCUGAAUGACCUUUAUACACAAUUUGACGAAAUUGUUGAGAAAUAUGAUGCUUAUAAAGUGGAAACCAUUGGUGAUGCGUACAUGGUGGCUAGUGGGUUGCCGAUAAGAAAUGGCAUUAACCACGCCAAAGAAGUAGCAACAAUUGCCAGGGAAAUAUUAGCAAAAAUACCGGACUUUAAGAUACCACAAAAACCGUCUGAGCAUAUAAGGAUACGCAGCGGAAUGCACUCCGGAUCAUGCGUUGCCGGAAUUAUCGGCUUAAAAGCUCCGCGAUAUUGUUUGUUUGGCGAUUCCAUAAACACAGCUUCCAGAAUGGAAUCAACUGGAGAACCAAUGCGCAUACAAACCACGCAGGCAACCAAAGACAUACUAGGAAAGUUUCCCGGCUUUACGCUGGAGACACGCGGUGAAGUUAACGUAAAGGGUAAAGGUCUCAUGACAACUUAUUGGCUACUAUCACGCAAAGACCCUCCAGUUGAGGAAUGAUGGCCAAACGAGCAGAAAUUCUACUCUGGAUUCUGUAUCUGCGAUAUAAUUUUCACAUUCCUUCCACGUACGCCUUGAUGCAUUUCAGCAGUCUCAUAACCUGUGAUAAGCACGAACAGACUUGACGUACAAUUUGGGAUGGACUGCCUUGGGCCGUGGAGACAAUACGUUGAAUUAGGAAAAUGUGCUGGAUUUUUAAUUUGACCCUUGUAAACGAUUUAUUCUUGGUGAAAUGCAUAUAUAUAUGCAAUCAGUAUAUGUGGUGUUUUGUCAUCAUAAAUGCGUGUUUGUAAUUUAUUGUUUAUACAUGACGGCAGAAAUACGUGACACAUUAUGACGUAUCAAAUCAAAGACCUGUAUUUUGUAAGGUACGUUAUAAUGCUAUCACGUGUAGAUAAAUGACUUACUUUGUACAUGGACGAUAGCAUCGAUGUUGGUGUAAAUUGGCC